AUGAACGAGCAAGAGGGGGGACGAGUACGGAAUAGGGCUAAGAAACCGAGGCGAGGGGGGCGAGAAGACCAAGGAGACCUCAACCGAACAGAUUCGCAACCACCACUCGCGAGAAGGCGCAAGACCGGGUUAAAUAUUUUGACUGCGGAGCUGCUUUACGACGCCGUUCGGGGCGUCCGCGAGUCGGUAAAUAACGCGGCAACACGCCGCCGUCACGCGCGCCGCUCCUCAGUCGGCGGUCGCUCCGCGCCGCGCCGCUCACUGCACCGCGCGCGCGCGCGCGCGCGCAACUCAUCUUCCGCGCAGCUAUUCAUGUAUAGCACCGUGCGAGGAGGUGGUGGCGGCGGCAUCCGUUUAAACCCUUCGCUUCACCCUGCCCGCCCGAGGACAGGUUAUAGAUUAAACCCUGCGCUGCGCCGGCCUCCGCCCCUCGCCGUCGGGGGCCAUUUGCGUUUGAAUGCACCGCCGCUCGCGCCUCCGGCUAACGACUCCGCGCGGGGGCUGCUGGGGCAGGGUUUGCGGGGGGGGGGGAGCGGGCCCUGA